CAGGCUGAGCUUUUCCACGAAAAGCUUAGACCGGGUGCUGCCCACCGUGCGCCAUUUGCUGCUCGAGGUCGUCGGCUUCACGGAACAGGUGAUCGAACCCUUAGCCCGGGAAGAUGCCUUGCUCUUCGCCGGUGCCCUGCCGAACAUCUCCUACCCAGGCACCCGCUCAUGCAGUGUGCGCGGCUGGUGCCUUUCCUUUGCCACCGAGUUCCUGGAGCGUGAGGUCAUCCUGGAUGACGUGAUGGAUGGCUUCGGUGUCUCCGCGGUGCGCCCCUGGGUGGACCCGCGCAUCGAGGAGCUGCGGCUCCGCGACGGCGCCGCGGAGGUGCUGGACCUCGCCUGGGGACGUUUACGGAUCCUGGAGGAGCUCUUGCUGCAGCUGGUUGAUCUCCGACAGAUCCAGCCCCUCCCCAGCCGCGCCCACGCCAUCUCUGUGGCCUCCGAAGCCUUGGCGGAGCACCUCUCGCGGCUCAUCCUUUGGGCGGAGGCGCCGCAGAACGUCACCAUCGUGAGCGACCAGCCAGAAUCGCUGUGGCAUUGGCAGGAACUCUCCAAGCUGCGCAGCGCCCUGGACGCCGCGCGGCGCUCGGCGUCGUUGCUGGCGCGGCGCCGCCUCGGGCGCAUCGAAGCCUUGGCCGCCUGGGUGGCGCAGCAGCGUGAUGACGGCUACUUCCUGGGCCCUGCAGGCUGGAGCUGGCGACAGCCUUGGAGCCCUUGGAGCACCAGGGAUGCGGGGAGCGGCUCUGGCUCCUUCUUCAUGGCCAACUUGGCGGCGAAGAACAAGCUUCAGAGUGCCAUUGAUGAGGCAGAAAUGCUGGCGGUCACGAGUGGUGCCCAGGCCUACAUGCGCAUUGACCUCACGGCCACCUCACAUCCGGUGACCUAUGCUGGCCUGAAGAAGAGCGGCAGCACUGUCUUCAGGCUCCAAGUGCCUAAGAAUAAAGCGCACCUCAUGAUGCACUCGGAAGCCAAGGUCUUCUUGAUGUCGCCGAGCGAGCUGGUGACGCCGCUGAGCGUGGGCGAGGAGACGGGGGAAGCGCCCAGCGGUGCGGUGGUGGAGCCCCACGUGGAGCUGCGGCUGAAGCGACUCAUCGGAGCCUUCGAUGUGACCCAGACGGCUGUCGAGCCCACCAUGGAGUCCUCCGUGCCCUUCGUCACUCGACACCAGCGACGCAGCUGCGAUGCCUCCCUGGGGGAGCUCUUCGUGGAGAAGCAUCCCGAGAUCGUUCACGGAGCCCUUUUGCCAGUGGAAGGCUUUUGGAUCCUCACUGCGCGAGAUGGCACGACGGCGCGCUUUUUGAACCUUGACAGUGGAACCACGAUUCGGCUCCUCUUCGAGAUCAACGUUCCAUCGACCAGUAGCCCACCAUGGCAUUUGCUGGAGGGUGUCACCGACGUCCUCUACAAGCUGCCUGAGGAUGGUGUGUGUGCCAAUCUCCAGCCGAUCUUUGGACAGAUGCCAGCAACCAGUACCUUUCCGCCGACGACCCGGACUACCUUGUACACCACCACCGCCACGACCAUUGCGCUGAUCCCAACCACCACGCACAAUAACAUCGUGGUGGUGCCCGAUGGUGGAGGGAUCCACGUAGAGGGCCCACGCUGGUCAACCACAGCACCUCCAGCAGCCGCUGUGAAGCCCUGGACUCCUCCCGUCUGGUUUUGGUUCAGCCUCAUCCUCGUGCCUUUGCUGUGCUGCGGCGUCGGAGUGCGCAUUUGGGUGAAGCGCCGGAGACGGAAGCGAGAGGUGCUGCCCGACGUGGAAGAAGGGAAGGCCGCCCCGACCAUCCUGGAGCAGGAAAGCCGGGAUGGCGCGCUGCGGGGUGCGGCGGACGCCAAGACGGAGGCAAAUCCUUAUUUGGCCAUGGCCAAGAAGGCCAAGAAGCAGGCGUCCCGCAAGGGGAGCUCAUGGGAGGUGGCAGACACACCCAGAGACAAGGAUGACGACGCGUGGUCCGAGGCCUCCACGCCCGAGGGCUCUGAAAGCGGUGGCAGCAGCGAUGGUGACAGCGACGGCACCCCAUCUCCCGUGUCGCCACGGACUGUGCUGGCGCAGAAGGCGCUACAGCAGCAUAUGCAACAGUUCACGCCGGAACGCAUCGCGGCCGACGCGCUGAAAGCACAUGCCAAGCAGUUGGCGGAGGAGAGUGAAAUGGAGGCGGCCGCGGCAGCACUGGGCCAACACGCGCGGCGCUUCGAGGAGUCCGACGAGCUCGAGGCGGAGCGUGGAGGAUCAAAGACCUCGAAGGCCACUGCCAUGUUCGGCCAGAAGCAGCGGCCUGUGUCGAAAAGCUCUGAGUUGGAAGAGGGCACCGAUGCCAGGAGGUCAACAGAGAGGGUCAAUAGCAAGGAGAGCAAGCAGAGCAGUAAGCACAGCAAGCAAAGCAAGCAAAGCAAGAGCAGCCGCGCGGAGGAGCAGUGAGCUCCUUCUGCUCCGAUACUCGCCGAUGCUCAGUGUCCAACACUGAGGUCCGCCUUGCCCGUUCAGAAGCCUCUCCAAAUGAGACAAGUGAUCUCCAGCACCCCGAAGCAUCCAAGACUCUAAGUUUGGGAGACAUGUAGA